AGUGCAUGAGUUUCACUAGUUGUGACCUUGGGCGAUUGCUCCCUGUUGCGUUUCAACAGUGUAUGUUAGAGAACCACGUAAGCUAUUGUUUGUUUUCAGAGUCUACUCCCGCAAACAUAACUCUCUGAUAUGACCAAUGCCGUUGAUCCAGAUGUCAAAAAAGCGAUAGAAGCCCACAGACAGCAAACAAUCUUCGCCAACAAUCAGAUUAAUCUGUUGAAUGUCCAAAUUGAAGGUUUGAGCAUGAAGCAUCGCCGUUCAGAACUCGUUGAGCUGGAACUCCAAUCCCUACCGGACGGUACGGUCACCUAUAGAUCACUUGGUAGAAUGUUCAUUAAAAAGGAUAAAGCAGCAAUUCUGGAUGACAUCGUAAAUGAACGAUCUGAGGUAACGAAAAGUGUCGAGUCAUUAAAAAAAACCAAACAGACGAUUGCCGCAAACUUAGAAGGAUCGAAGGACGCGCUGAGGGAACUCUUGAACUCCAGACAACAAAGUUAACUUUCGAAGCACCUCGAUAUUGCUGUAUUGUGAUCACAUUUUGCCCCUGGUAUUUCUCCGUGAGCGAACGUUGUAUCUACUCCUGCCGUUGCAAGAAGCUUAUUUUUCAA